GAGAUCAUUAAAUAAGAAUGAAUAAUUUGUUAUUAUUGUGCAAACAUUGAAUUUAAUUAGUGAUGAUAAACCCGGUAUGGCAGAAAGACAGGAUAAUGAGGUGGAGGAGGCUGAUCAGGUGUACCUGCUCAUGAAUAAAGAUUAUCACAUAUCCCGCAAUGUACGUCUGUCCUGGUUCCUCAGCAGGCUUAAUCAGGUCAUCCGACCCUCACCCAAAUCUGAGCUGCUGAAAUCAGAGGAGGAGUUGGAUGUCGUCAGUAUCCUCCCUAAAGGAUGGCAGCCCGGUUCUCCUCCAUCCUCGGUGCCAUAUCUGCUGGUGCCAUCUACUCGAGUCACUUUGCUGGCCCGCAGGUACCGCUUCGUCAUCGAGCUGGACCUCAGCCCCUCCACCGGGAUUGUGGAUGACAGUACAGGCGAGAUGAUCUUUGAUGAGGUCUUCCACGCCCUGAGUCGAUGUCUGGCUGGACUGGCUGCCCCAUUUCAGGUUCCAGGCUCGGACUUCCUGUUGCAGCCGGAAAUCUUCAUCACCAUCCUGGCCUACUCGUCCAUCAUCGGCCUCAGCUCACAUCAGGUGUUGGUGCAGGGAUGCCAGUUGAACUGUACAGAUCUGGAUCAGUUCUUGCACCAGAUCUACCAGCAGCUUCGUGCUGUGGAGAACAGCAUCGCUGAGGUGUUACAGCAUCAGCAUGUCCAGUGCAAUGGCUGUGCCCUCGCUGACAUCGGGGAGGAGCAGGCGCAGUGGAAGCAGGGUGUUUCCAUGGUGACCGCAGAUGUGGGACUGGUCGGUAUGGUUCGACAGGGCAUCCUGGCACUCCAGCUUCUCCCGCCGAACUCGAGUGCAGGUAUAAUAAUAAUCACAGACGGAGUGACGAGUGUUCCAGAUGUGGCAGUGUGUGAGACCCUGUUGAAUCAGCUGAGGAGUGGAACCAUCUCCUGCUCCUUUGUUCAGGUGGGGGGAACGUACUCCUACGACUGCAGUUUCGGGUAUGUUCCGAACGUGGAGCUGAUGAAGUUUAUCUCCAUGGCUACUUUUGGGUCGUACUUGAGCUUGUGUCCCGACCCGGUGCAGGUGGAACAGGAGAUGAACUCAUACCAUCGCUCCUUCCUCACCUACUCAUUUCUCCGUACCAGCGAGUCCCUGAACCCCGAUUACUACUGCUUCUCUCAGCACAGGUUGUUUAAUGAACACUUGGUGUCGGUGAGCGGGAAUCCGGCUCUGGGGCUGCGCAGGAAGAAACACACGGCGAAGGAGGUGCACGCUGACCUGAUCAGUGUGCUGUCAGUCCGACUGAGAGAGGGCUACACCAUCCGCGACAUCAGCUUCACCAAAGGAGGUACUCAGCUGGAGGUGAAACUGGUGUUGCUGUGGAAACACAACAUGCGCGUGGAGUACGUGGUGGUGGCGUCGUGGCCUCUGGACCCGGCCGAGCGCGGCACCUGGACAGAGGUGACGAUGGAGGGCAGCUACGACAUCCUGCACGACCUCAGCUGCACUCUGAGGAAACCCAUCACCAGCCCGUACCGGACAGCCGUCAUCCGUCGCUUCUGGAACACCCUGCAUGGCAUCAAUCAGACAGACCAAAUGCUGGUCCACUUGCAGUCCUUUAACUCCAUUCCUGAGCACUACACCAUUCCUGAGAGCACUAAAAACGGCUUACCCCUCUUCUACAUCCCACCUGGAUCCACCACACCCGUCCUCUCCUUACAGCACGGUGGCUCAAAAGACUCCAGCCAAUCCCAGUUUGCUUCCUACUGGAAGCCAAUUCUGUCUAUGGAUGCCAACUUCUGGCCUCGUUGGUUGCACAUGCAUCGAAUCGCCAUCAUCCUGGAGCAUGAUGUUCCUGUUCCUAAACACGUGCACAGUGCGGGCAGUAACGGCAGGUUCAGCACCGUACAGUGCAGAAUAGCUCACUCAGCCCUCACCUCACUGCUGAGAGACUGGAGCAGCUUCGUCCUGGUGGAGGGUUACUCCUACGUCAAACUCAUCUACAGCGCCGACCAGCAGCCGGUCUCCUUCUACCUGGUGCGUCUGAUCUCCAAAGCUCCGUGCAUGGUGCUGCGUUUAGGCUUCCCCAUAGGAACUCUGGCCCACACCCGCAACAAGAUUGUGGACAAGCUGCGAGAGCAAAUCCUCAGGCUACGUUUUCCACACCGGGUCCAGAAUAAGGAAGCCACGCCAAAAACCAAAAGGAAGAUUUUGGGUAAUUCCUCCCCCUCCAAAUCCCCUCCUCUGCCUGUCCCAAAACCUGCACUGUCUGACCGACCAUGUGUGGUCAUCUUCAGCAAACCCCUGGAGAAGCUACUGAUCAGGUAUGAGAAGCUUCCCACAGACUUCCGCAGCCCCUUCAUGUUGAACCUGGACGCGCUGGGGCAGCCGCUCAGCGUUGCCGCCGGUCGCUCCGGCUCCUCGUCAGUGGCCUUUUUGUCCCGCUAUUUACUGCAGCAGCGCUGGGUGUGGACGGUACAGAGCAGUCAGGGUGGAGCUGUUUCGCUGCAUGCCGUCGCACAUAUACUCUCCACACUCGCCGAGAUCCGUCUGUCUGAGGGCUUCCACUUUGCUGCUAGUGGCGAGGGAAUCGUCAACAUGGUGAUGGAGCUGCCCAUGGCCGUCAAAACACCAAAGGAGACUCCAGCAGCACUGGAUACGCAGCAUCAUACCUGCAUUGUCCAGUACAUCAUGUUCCCUCCACACUCCACCUCCACUAAAGACAGCUUCUCCACAGACGACGAUAAUGACACGGAGGUGGAGGCCAUCGACAUGGAGACGGAGCUGAACCUGGUGACGGAGUGCUGGGUGGAGCCGCAGAGUGGGAACGUCUGGAGUCCGACGGAGCAACAGCGCCACUUUCACAACCUCGGCUACAACCAGAUCCCUCAGGCCAUUUUUCCUCGUGAUCUGUCGGGCAUGUCCACAUUGUUGACGUUCGAGUACCUCAUCCAGCUGUGCAAGAAUAAGGAUCAGGUGCAGCCACUCAGCAGCUGCAAAGAUGCCACAGCUGAAGCUCCAGCUGCUGGAUCUACUGACAGCGUACACAUAGUGCCUUUCCAGUUCGACCUGCUGAAGCUUCUGCCCAAGUGCCAGCAGAUAGAGCUGUUCUUCUACACUUUCAGCAACGCGGAGAAUGAAGAUCCAUCCCAGUGCGGGCCCUCUCUUCCCAACGACCUGCUGCUCGGCCUCUUCCACAGCUCCCUCCAGAACGAACUGGGCGACCGGGAGAUUGCACUGGCUGAAGGAGAUCACGUGACCUUCAUGCAUCACAUCCUCGAGAGGGAGCGGGACGGCCACGUGGCUCCGUUCUCACUACCAGUCAUUAAUGAAGAGUGUCCCGCUCCGGACAGACAGGACACGGUGUUGUCCUCUCACACUAUAGGGAGCAGUAAGGAGGUGACGGGUUCCACCAGCACUCUGCAGAGCUUCAGUAAUGCAGAUCUGGUGGAUGAGGAGUCGAUGCAGAUGGAGAGAGAGCGUUUGAACCCUCAGUGGAAAUGCUACGCUAAACACAUCAGCGCACAGCAAAUUCUGCUCAUCUUUAUCCCAGCUACCUACGCCGAUGUGCAGAUCUUGAUGUCCUUCGGACUGGGAGUUAAACCUCAAGUGAACGCUGAUGCGAAUGAUGAUGAGAAGACUCUCAGUCAGGGAAACAGCCAAUCACAGAGUGGCUUCCUGAACAGCUCCGCCAACGGACCUGUAGGAGAGAUGGAUUUUGCAGAAGCUGGUGAAGGUCUGUCAGGAUUGAACGCUGAAGCAGAACUGCAGAGCACUGAGAACCAGGACCCAGUGGAAACUACUGCAGUCUCAUCUAUAGAGGAGAAGGACAGCGUUCAGUUUUCAGAGCCGGAGAGACAAGAUCAUUCUCGUCUGCUCUCUCAGCAAAACGGCGGAGACGCUACCCGUCCCCGCUGUCCCGUCUACAUCUACAACUGCUGCAUGGAUUCACUGAAAGACCAGCUGCUCAGUCAGCACUCGAACCGCCGACCCAGAGACGUCUUCCUCAGACCACAAGAUGCAGCAUCCUGGGAGCUCAGUCAGCAGCUGAAGUCCAGGUCUCUUUCUCAGGAGCGCAGCAGCUCCUCCUCCUGGUCAGAGCUGAUGCUGCACCCUCAUAAGCAGAAAGAACUGGCCAACUACUGCAGCCUUCUACAGGAGCACUACUACCAGAGCUACGUCAGAGGUGUGUACCGCAGUCUGCAGCAGGCCUACAGCAUCAGCUCCCAGGACGUCCUGACAGCCAUGGACUACUGUGAGGAGUCACUGCAGGAGAUUGACAUCACAUCCUUCCUGCAGACCCUCUGUGGGCACGUACGCACGUUCCGUGAGAAGCACGAGCCCCUCGUGGCGGAAAACGCGAGGAAGCCCCCGAGAUUGGCGCCCACCUUCGUCGUCGGGGAGGAGGAGGAGGAGGAGGAGGAAGAGAGAGCGGACAGAGCCACACUGGUGUCCUCAUCCAGUGUCGAGCUGGAGGACGUAAGUGAGGUGGAGUCUAGAGAAAAAGUUUCCACCCCCAUCCCACCUAAGGGACCCAGGUGUUUGAAAAUCCCAGAAUUCUCUCUGUCUUUGCUCCACUCGCAGCAGAACUGUGAGGUAUAUCCUGACCUGCACAAAAUCAUACAGGAGAAGUUCUUGGAGAUCGGUGCUCAGUAUUUCAAAACUGUUCCCUCCAACCCACAUUAUUUCUUCUACUGCCCUCAGUCCUCCAAAAAAGAGGAGGAGUCUGAUGAAGAGAGGGAGAGGAGGAUCAGUGAGGAGGGUGAUGUCUCUGAGGCUGAGCUGGCCACAGAGGACGAGAACGUGUCGGGGUGCUGCAUGGUGUCGGAGAGCGAUACGGAUCUGGAGGUGGAGUACCAGGAACAGGCGAACUCCAGAACCGACGAAGACGACGACGAAGACGACGACGAAGCCGACGCCCAUUCAGGAUCUGAAUCCAACACUGUGAACCAGGACGAGGACUCGUUCAGUAUCCUGGAUGGAGACUCUGUGCUGGAGGCACCUGAACCUGAACUGCCUCCUUUAUUCGUCCACCUCGUCUGCUCACUCAGCACCAAGAACAGCCACGGCUCCAUGCCAAUCAGGACGCUGCCCACCUGCCUGGGUGAGCUGGUCGGCUGUCUGGAGAACGCCGAGUCUCUUCAGUCGGUGGAUCUGAACGAGCUCUCGGUCACUCUGGACAUUUUUGUGUUGACGUUACCACUUGAAAUCGAGGUCUUGGAAUCGGACAUCAGCCACAUGAGGUACACGUCUGAGAGCAGUGUUUCCAUGUAUAGGUCUCCAGGUCAGCCGUCCUCUUAUCGUUCUGAUGAAGAGCUCAUGGAGAAUCUGGAUGGACUCCGGGGGGUCGGAAUAGAUGGGGUGUCUGGUGAUCCUCUGUCCAAACUCCCGAUGCUUCAGAAACAGGCAGUGCUAGCAACCAUGGAUGAGAUCCGAUGGUUGUUGGAGGACGAGAUCGUAUCAGCUCUGCGUCACUCGUCGGUCGUGGACUCCUUCACUUUGCAGAAGGUUUCUGAUCACGUCUCUCGCUCCAGCGGUCGACCCGGCUGCCUUCACCAGCUCGUCCCUCUGCAGUUCGUCUUCGGGCCUGAACAGUCGCUCGAGAAGUUCAAAGAGGAGUUCCGGCGCUUGUCAUUUCCUGGCUACCUGCUGAACUCAGAGAAGCAGAACUUCCACUACGUCUCUCUGAGCCGCCAGCACUCGCGCCGACUGCAGGCUGCCCGUCAGCUCCACCCAAACUCCGCCACUUCUCAGGGCGCGGGGUCUGAGUCUCAACCGGCCGUCCACAGUCCUGAGGCCGAUAACAGCUCGAAGGUACUGAGCGGUGACUCCAUGGCUGUUAAGGAGCCGGAAAAGGGGGCGGAGUCACAGGUUGAAGGAUAUGAAGCGACUCUGAUCCUGGAACCUCAGGAGGAACCCAAGGAGGAACCUCAGGAGGAACAGAAGGAACAGGUUAACAUCAUGAAGGAGGACGAUUGGUCUAAAGAUUCUCUUCCUGAUCACAUCAGUGUGCUUGGUACGGAUGAUGCUGACCCUCAGAGCACCAGCCAACCACUGUCCAGCAGCGGUGACCACGCCUCUCCUCCUAAAACACUGUCCGGCGUCAGCCUGGCCGAGUCGGUGCAUUCUGUCACGCAUGGCAACGGGAAGCCCAGACCGAGUCGUGUCCAGAGUGUUGUGUCCAGUCAGGACAGUGUGGACUCAGACAUGUUGGGCUACGAUGGAGGCAGCAGCGACUCAGAGUGUGAUGGACCCACCAUGGACGAUCAGGAGACCCAAAGUCCUCUCAUGCCUGAUUUCUGGCUCAUUAUUCAAAUCCAAGUGGACCGACUGGAGGUUUUCUCACACUCCAGAUGCUUUAAUAGUGGAAAAGAAGAAAAAGCAGAAGAGGAAGAGGAGGAGAUCUCAGAGAGCCAACGUCUUCAUCAGCUCAUCGUAGAGGAAAUCGGAAAGAUCUGCAGGAAAGUCAAUCAGCGUCUCUUGCUGCAAGAUCUGCAUGACAGCCACGUGUGUAACUCUCUGCUGGUGGCAGAAAGUGAAGAGGACAUCUGGAAGAACGAAUCUCAGUAUCGACAGAGGAUGGCAAACUCGGACGAUUAUAAUGCAGAUGAGAGCUACCAGCCGAGAGAUUACUUGGCCGCCACUAUGCACUUUAUGCCGGGUCACUUCGCCUGUGAUGUGGUUUGGAGCACCAUCAUUCAGAUUCACCCGCGAUUAAAGAUGGGACCGAAUAUGGGGGUCGCGCGAGCCAUCCAGGCUCUGCGUUCCGUGUUAAACGCUUUCUGCGUGGUGAACCGCAAGAACAUGUUCGUGUACCAGGAACGCACCACCAAAUCCGUCUUCUACCUCAGACUGUCAGAAACCUCUCAGACGGGGAAGUACAGCGAUCUGGACGGGAAUCUCCAUGUUUCUCGCUCCCUGGGCCUGGCUCGCAGUCAAGAGCCACUGGGAUUUGAAGAUCUCACGGGCUCUCGGUCAUCUCUGGAGGGCUCCAGGCCGGUGGGACAGGUGGACAAGCACAUCCUGCUAUUGGUGCACGGAGUGGGACGUGCAGGUCUGGAGAUCACAGACGAAUUGGUGAAGGUUCUGAGGAAGCGACUGGAUGAAGCCACUCUCGACAUCAUCACUGUGAUGCUGGUUAGGAACUGCAAACUGACGCCUGCAGAUGUGGAGUUUAUCCAGCCUCCAGGUUCUGCUCCUACUGAGGUGAUAGAGUUCCACCUGCCUGAGUACGGUAGGGUGUGGAUCCGAGCCCUGGCCCAUUACCUCCGCCAGAAUCUGCUCAUCUUCCUGCACAUCCCCAAAUACACCGACAGUAACAUGGAGCACCACUUUAAGCACUUCUUUCAUAUGAACACUGAACUGCCCGACUCUGACAUCUACCUCUACAAUAAACCUGGAGGCCAGGGCACCGGGGGGAAAGGUAUCGCUUGUAUUGCACUGUCUUUUGUGGAUGCUCAGAAUCGCCCCCUGCAGGUCGGUGCUCAGGACGGAGGCUGGGCGAGAGAAGGCGGCUCGUCCAUCUCUCUACAACCUGAGCGGUUUGAGACCCUGACCACCGUGGAGAAAGUCGAUCCAGACACACAGAGCUCAGGUGCUUCAGUGCGGGUGAGGUUUGAUAUCUGGGAGCAGGGGAACGUGAGCCCUCUGCAGCUAACGGAGAAACUGAGAUCAGCGGUACGCCAUGCGCUCUGUGAUCUCAUCACGGAGAUGAAGCUCCUGCCAAACCCGCUGUGUCUGGAGACCUUCUGUCUAUCUGGGACGGGACAGAAAGGCGAGAAUUUAGCCGUCAGUCCUCCUCAGCCUGAGCGCAGAGAACCGAAGGAGAGCCCUCGCAGAACCUCUCUGGUGAGAAGCGGUCCUGCUCCCAUCAACCUGAACUCCGCUUCCAGCUCCAGCCCCACAACUGGGACCAGCACCCCCGAGUCCACCACGCCCACAAGCAAAACUGUGCGCCGGAGCUUCUGGGAAAUCCUGAGUAAGCCAGACUCGUCGGAGGUGGGCAGCGUGAAGACGACGGACGAUAUCGUACCGGAGAAGGUGGAGGAGAGUCGCGUCUCCCGCAGGAGACACAAAACCGAGUGCGCUAAACAGCAGUGGAGUCAGGAGAGAGCCGUAGCGGUGGAGAGAGAACAAGCACAAAGGCGUCAUGUGACUCAGUUAGAGGAGGGAGACGUGGGUACUCUCCACCCGGUCUAUCACGCUUCUUUCCAGCCGUGGGUGCUCUUCAUGUCCACCCUAGGUUGUCCAUCCGUCCAGCACUGCACUGCUGAGAUCUCAUCUCUCUUCCUCCUGCCGUCCAUUGUAACCGAGGUGGUGAAUCUGGUGGCAUCUCUGGCACCGGAUACUUCCGUGAAGGUCUUUGAGAGGACCAGCUCUGCUCAGGGAGACAUUUUCAUCCCUCUGUCCCAUGUCCAACCGGUCAGUCAUCCUCCGUCCACCAGCAGAAGCUUCAUCAUCGUUGGUCGUAACUUCCAGCAGUGGCACUACAGCAUGGAGCCAGACGAGCGUUCGGAUGAAGAAAACGCUGCCGUGCUAAAUAGGUUCACACCUCAUAAAGGUUUGCAGAGGUUCGAGGCGCUGGAGCACAGCGAUUGGCUGAGCCCCGGGCAGGCCUGGAAGGGCGUGGCUCCACGUCAGAGGUUCCUACACAUGCACGUCGUGGAUAAGAAGUUGAGUGUGUGUGUGUAUAACUGGUCGGUGGACGUGGGUGCGUGUCUAAGCCGGGACCUGGUGAGACAGGUACAGUGGCAGAACGCUCGAGCUCACACCAUCCACUGCCUGCUUAGUCAGAAGAUGGGUCUCUUCCACCAUUACUGCUUCACCGAUGCACCUACACACGAGGACAUCAAACAGGAUCCGAACCCAUUCCUCAGCUCCACCAUGGAGGCCGAUGCCCUGCUGCGUAGUCCUGUACCACCAGUACCCAAUAAGGAUGCGGGUCGCCUGAGUAGUUCGGGACGUGGCCUGCCCCAUCUGCCCUUCCCCGCUGAGCUGGUGCCUUUUGAUGAAGCUCUCAGAGACGUGAGCGCGGCUCGCCUGCCCAACCACGAUGGAGGCGAUGUGGUGGCUCGACACGGGGCUCAGCUGCUCGAGGUGAAAGCUUCAGAACGCAGAGAGUUGGAGAAGCAGAUGAAGAUUGAGAACCUGUUCGUGACGUGGCAGCAGAGAUCAGCUCAGUCCAACAUGCCCAUUUCUGCAGCGGAUCUGGAUGCUCUGAAGCAGUCGUCUCGGUUGGUUCAUUACUGCGCCACUCCUCUGCUCUUCGACCCGCUCUUUAGAAAGCAGAUCCAGGAUGAGCUCCGAGUCCAGCCGCAAAUGAAGAAGCGGCAUCGCUCCAACGACUCGGCGGCAUCAGGGCGCGACCGCAGUCACAGCACAGACUCGGCCGAGCUGCUCCCUGUCCGCUGUAAGGAGGAGCAGGAGAUCUGCAGCGCCUUCAUGCAGCAGUAUGUGCAGUACCUACAGAGCCUGGGCUUCAUCCUGGUGCAGGUCCGACCCCCUUCACCCGCACGCAGUAUUGCUCGUGCUCGGGCGGCCAUGCUGAGUUCUCUGUCCAUAGAGGGCAGAUCUUCAUUUUCUUCUUUCUCCUACAACAAGCAGAAGAGUGAGGACAGUCCUAAGAGCAGUGGAACGAGCACCACGGCGUAUCACCUGCAGAGGGCGCUUCCCGGCGGGAUCAUGCUAAUGGAGCUGGCCUUCCAGGGUUUUUACUUCUGCGUGAAGCAGUACGCGCUGGAGUGCUCGCGGAUUCCCAUGGGCCAGACCGUGAAUUCCCAGGAUCCAUCCCCUCGUAGCAAGCCGUUCCCCGAGGCCUCCUCACACUCAGACUCUGUGCUGUCCAUGCUGUUCACCGAGGAGUGUGACAAGGUCCGAGAUCUGAUGCACGUUCACUCCUUCAGCUACGACUUCCACCUGCGCGUGGUGCAUCAGUACCUGCUGGGGUGUCACAUGACCCUGAGGCAGGGCUACCAGCUCACCAGCUUCCUGGAGGACUUCAUUUCCCAUUACCCUGACAUUCCCAAGUUCGGACGCAACCAUGUCUACCAGGGAAGUUUCUCCAUUUCCACAGGAAUGAUAACGGCUCACCAGUUGUAUAAUUACAUCACCGAUCACGCCGGGACGUACGGCAUGAAGCCGCUCCGCAUGUCCAAAUCCGCAGUGACCACCGACAACAAGAAGGGGGCGCAGAAUGCGGACCAGCACGAGUACGCGCUUGUGGCUCUGUGGAACAGCUCUGGAUCCUAUAAGGACCUGGAGGGGCUGCGACACCACGAUGACUUUGAUGUUUCUCUGCUGGUGUGUCACAACGCCGCUCCGUUUGAGGAACAGUCCGAAGGGGAGAGACACCUACUGAGGUUAUGCUACUACGUGAUCAUGACCAGUCAGAGAGAGCUGUUCCCCCGUCUCACGGCUGACAUGCGCCGCUUUAAGAAGCUUCCUCAGAUCUACCGUGACCCCAGUGAUCUCAGUGGGCGUGGUCACCUGGAGAGGGCAGACCCAGGCGUCAUGGACGUUCAAGAAUCCGAGCACGACCUUUGGGAUGAAGCGUCCCCGGCCUUAGACCCGGAACCCGAGCCUGACCUUGACCCUGACCGUGCUGAGCCUCCUUCAGGUGCUGAAGGUGAGGAGCAUGGCGCGGACUUCCCCGACGCAUCGUGCCCGUGGUUCCCGUUACUGAACAGUGAGGUGAUGUCGGCGCGAAGGCAGAUCCAGAGCAGUGUGACCGAGGCCAUGGCGCACUGCCGCAGGGAUAACUUGUGGAGACGGCUGUUUCACGGUGAGCACGCCGCCCUGGACAAGCUCAAACUCAGCAAGCUGGCCUUCAACGAGCUCGAGGAGCUGCUGAACGCCGUGCAGAGCCGAUCGGUGGCGGAGAUCGACCCUCAACUGGACUGUUUCCUGACCAUGAGUCCUGCCUGGUACCAGAGUCUGAUCAAAGUGCUGCUGGCUCGUUUCCCACAGAGCUGCAGGCACUUCGUGGACGACAGCGGCAUUCAGUACCUGGCGGUCCUCAACCAGAAGUUCACCGACUGCUUCGUGCUGGUCUUCCUGGAUGCCCAGGCGGGUAAAACGAGUCUGAAGGUGGUUUUCCGGGAGCCGUUGCCGUUCCAGGCUCAGCCCAGCAGCAGCCCUCCUCCGCAGCUCGUCUCCAUGUACCAUCAUCUGGAGUCUGUGAUCAACACGGCCUGCUACAACCUGUGGACGGGGCUGCUGUAGGGCUCGCUGAAGGAGCUUUCUCUGAGUGGAUCCAGAGCUGCUGGAUCGAGAGAUCUACCUCACAGCCAACAUCUCAAGCUGAAUCAUUAAUGAAACGUGGAGUGUUUGUUGUACUGAGCCAGAGAUUAAAUUUAUGAAGUGUGUGGCUGCGUUUUAAAAGAGUAUGAUGGUCAUCGGUCAGCAGAACACACCACUAACAUCAAUAUGUCUGAUUCAUCUCUUUUCUUCCUCCAUCUUUGUAGACGUUCUUUGGGUUUGUAGAUUGUUUAGAACGGUCUAAUUCACUAGCCCACCAUGGCUGAGAUCUCAAGCCUAUAUUUCAGCUGUACUAUCAACCAGUCAGGUGCCCACACAUACAGAAUUGGCUGUGUCUAGGGGAGGAGGUGGUCAAUUGGGUUCCUUAUUGCUGCUUCAAAUGUAGACUCUGGUUAAUUGUAGUUGAUGCAUUCAUGAAUAGUAGUGUAUGACAAGAAGUGGUCACAUUUACGGCUCUAUUUGGUCUGGAGGUCUGUAGCGGCAGAGGAAGUUACAAUUGGGGAAUUGGAUAUGACUAGAUUGGGAGGAAGAGUGGAAAAUGGGAAAACUAGGCAAAAUAAAGAAUGGGAACUGAAGAAUGGGAAUCCAGCGCAUCAGGGUAAGAAGGCUUCUGAUGAAAUCACAGGGUCAGUUAAGGGCUUGUCAGUGUCGUUAGUAGGUGACAGAAUGACGGUGCGACUACAAGAAUGACCAACUGUGUGUGAGCGAAAUGGAAAUGACUAAUUGCAUAAUCCGAUGACCUUUUUGGUUUGUGUAAUGGAUGGAAGAUUAAGUGACCUGGGAAAGUGGAAAGUUGGAGCAACUCGUGAAUGACAAACCUGAGUCUGAUGGAGUAACAGAAUGACAGACCUGUUUACCGAACGUCUUGGCAUGCUGUCGGGGCGAACAUCAAUCACCAAAUCGCCACGGGUGGAACCAGAGUAAUGAACCGAAUGACAGAAGUGAACAGCGACUCAGAUUGGUGACAGAAUGACUGAGUAACCUCAUGGACUUUGGUUUGAGAUCUGAACGUUCAUGUCGGUGUCAGACUGAUGGAAAAACUGACUCUGAAUUAAGUGACAGAAUAACAAAGAGGCUGGAAUGACCUGAACGAUUGGUAACAGCAUGACAGACUUCAGUAAGUGACCUAAAGGAGUAAAUAAUGACCACUGGAGUGACUUGAGUUACUGAAUGACUUACAGAAUAAUGCCAAAGAGCAAGAGUGGAGGUAGUGACGGAAUGAUGGUGCGACUAAAAGAAUGACUGUGUGUGAAAUGACUACACGCAUAAUCUGGUGACCUUUAUGAGUGACUUGAAGCUCUGGUUUGUGUAAUGGAUGGAUGACUAAGUGACUUGGGAAACUGGAACAUCACAGGAACUCGUGAAUGACAAACCUGAGUCUGAUGGAGUAACAGAAUGACAGACCUGCUGACCGAACGUCUUGGCAUGGUGUCGGGACGAACAUCAGUCACUGGAGCCAGAAUAAUGAACCGAAUGACAGAAGUGAACAGCGACUCAGAUUGGUGACAGAAUGACUGAGUAACCUCAUGGACUUUGGGUUGAGACCUAAACGUUCAUGUCGGUGUCAGACUGAUGGAAAAACUGACUUAACUGAAUUAAGUGACAGAAUGAUAAAGAGGCUGGAAUGACCUGAACGAUUGGUAACAGCAUGACAGACUUCAAUAAGUGACCUAAGGAGUAAAUAAUGACCACUGGAGUGACUUGAGUUACUGAAUGACUUACAGAGUAAUGCCAAAAAGCAAGAGUGGACAUAGUGACAGAAUGACGGUGCGACUAAAAGAAUGACUGACUGUGUGAGUGACUUGGAAAUGACUAAUCGUAUAAUCUGCUGACCUUUAUGAAUCACUUGAAGCUCUGGUUUGCGUCGGAGCGACUCGUGAAUAACAAACCUGAGUCUGAUGGAGUAACAGAAUGACAGACCUGCUGACCGAUCGUCUUGGCAUGGUGUCGGACGAACAUCAGUCACUGAAUCGCUGCGGUCGGGGCCAGAAUAAUGAACCGAAUGACUCGUAAUCAUUCUGUCACCAACCUGAGUCGCUUUUCACUUCUGAGUAGCCUCAUGGACUUUGGGUUAAGACCUAAAUGUUCAUGUCCGUGUCAGACUGAAUUAAGUAAAGGAUGGAAUGAAAGAGUGACAGAAUGACAAAAAGGCUGGAAUGACCUGAACGAUUGGUAACAGCAUGAGACUUCAGUAAGUGACCAAUGGAGUGACUUGAGUUACUGAAUGACUUACAGAAUAAUCCCAAAGAGCAAGAGUGGACGUAGUGACGGAAUGAUGGUGAUGAUGCUGCUGAUCGAACGUCUUGGCAUGGUGUCAGGACGAACAUCAGUCACCGGAACCAGAAUAAUGAACCGAAUGACAUUGAAAAGUGAUUUAGAUUUGUGACAGAAUGACAGAGUAACCUCAUGGACUUUGGUUUAAGACCUAAAGGUUCAUGUCAAUGUCAGACUGAUGGAAAAACUGACUCUGAAUUAAGUAAGUGAUGGAAUAAAAGAGUGACAGAAUGACCAAGAGGCUAGAAUGACCUGAAUGAUUGGUAACAGCAUGACAGACAGUCAGUAAGUGACCUAAGGGAGUAAAUAAUGACCAACUGAGUGACUUGAGUUACUGAAUGACCUACAGAAUAAUGCCAAAGAGCAAGAGUGGACGUAGUGACGGAAUGACCGACCACACUUUGACUUGACAUUUGUGUGUGUGUGAUGCAAACACUGUAAUAUUGAUCAUCAGUGAGCGUGACGCUUUGAUAUUCGAGCGGAUGAUAAACGCUGCACAUUAGCGCGAGUGUGUGUGUGUUUAGCGGAGCUAAAAUGAUAAUUAGCAUUGCUAAUACUGCCAUUAUUAUUUGCCCAGAAGUGCCUACAAAGGUUUUUUUUCUGAGGAAGUGACUAAAUUAUCGUUUGUGAUUUAAAUGUCAUCACUGUUUUUUUGCAAUUGUGUGUUUAAGCCAAAUAUUUACACGUCGUUUUGAUUCACACUGACUGAACGGGCUGAGAUGAGAUGACGACUGUAUUUUCUUUAUUUUAUUUUUCCUAAAAUAAGACACUGGACAUUUUCAUAAUGCUAAUGAUUAGCGUCUGAUGUGUGUGUUUAGGCAGUAUCAUGAUCAGUGAAUGAAAGGAUGUGUACAUAUUGUAAAUAUUGAGCGAUUUGUAAGUGUAAAAAGUAACAUGUACAAUAAAUUAAUAAAAGAAACUCUUCAUUUA